AAGGGUGACGGAGCGCGGGCGAAGGGGGGAGGGGGUGUUUUGGUUCUUGCCGCUCGCCGUCCUUUCCAGAGUUGGUCGUCUGAAAUCUGUUUUUUACCUUUCCUUCCCCCUUCCUAUUCCCCUUCCCAACCCCGAAUCUCCCUUCUUUCCUUCUGUCCGCCUCCCUUUUUUCUACUGCCGCCCCGGGGCCGGGCCAUUUUCCGGGCCGGGCGCACUACAGCGCGCGGCCCCGGGGCCCAGUAUAUGACCGGCUCUCCUGCUACCCCUCGCUUCCCCCGCCCCAUGUGGCUGCGGGGCCGCGGCGGCGCUGCCCACUAUGGCUCGGAAAGCAGUUAGCAGGAAGCGGAAAGCACCUGUCUCUCCAGGAGCUGGGAGCGACGCUCAGGGCCCGCAGUUUGGCUGGGAUCACUCGAUUCACAAGAGGAAAAGACUUCCCCCAGUGAAGAGAUCAUUGGUGUACUACCUGAAGAACCGGGAAGUCAGACUACAGAAUGAAACCAACUACUCUAGAGUGUUGCAUGGAUAUGCAGCACAGCAACUUCCCAGUCUCCUGAAGGAGAGAGAGUUUCACCUUGGGACCCUCAAUAAAGUGUUUGCAUCUCAAUGGUUGAAUCAUAGGCAAGUGGUGUGUGGCACAAAAUGCAACACGCUAUUUGUAGUUGAUGUCCAGACAAGCCAAAUCACCAAGAUCCCUAUUUUGAAAGACCGAGAGCCUGGAGGUGUGACCCAGCAGGGCUGUGGUAUCCAUGCGAUUGAGCUGAAUCCCUCUAGAACACUGUUAGCCACUGGAGGAGACAACCCCAACAGUCUUGCCAUCUAUCGACUGCCUACACUAGAUCCUGUGUGUGUGGGAGAUGAUGGACACAAAGACUGGAUCUUUUCCAUUGCAUGGAUCAGUGAUACUAUGGCAGUGUCUGGCUCACGUGAUGGUUCUAUGGGACUCUGGGAGGUGACAGAUGAUGUGUUGACCAAAAGUGAUGCAAGGCACAAUAUGUCAAGGGUCCCCGUGUAUGCUCACAUCACUCACAAAGCCUUAAAGGACAUCCCCAAGGAAGACACAAACCCUGACAACUGCAAGGUCCGGGCUUUGGCCUUCAACAACAAGAACAAGGAAUUGGGAGCAGUAUCCCUGGAUGGCUACUUUCAUCUCUGGAAAGCUGAAAAUACAUUGUCUAAGCUCCUCUCUACCAAACUGCCAUAUUGCCGUGAGAAUGUGUGUCUGGCCUAUGGUAGUGAGUGGUCAGUGUAUGCAGUGGGCUCUCAAGCUCAUGUCUCCUUUUUGGAUCCACGACAACCAUCAUAUAACGUCAAGUCUGUCUGCUCCAGGGAGCGAGGCAGUGGGAUCCGAUCAGUGAGCUUCUAUGAACACAUAAUCACUGUGGGCACAGGGCAGGGCUCCCUGCUGUUCUAUGACAUCCGAGCUCAGAGAUUUCUGGAAGAGAGGCUUUCAGCUUGUUAUGGGUCCAAACCCAGGCUAGCAGGGGAAAAUCUGAAACUAACUACUGGCAAAGGCUGGCUGAAUCAUGAUGAAACCUGGAGGAAUUACUUUUCGGACAUUGAUUUCUUCCCCAAUGCUGUUUACACCCACUGCUACGACUCGUCCGGAACGAAACUCUUUGUGGCAGGAGGUCCCCUCCCUUCAGGGCUCCAUGGGAACUAUGCUGGGCUCUGGAGUUAAUGACAACUCUCUCCCAAAAUGCAGAUUUACACUAACUUCCACUUUCAGUUUCCUUGUUUCUUCUUUUGAUUUUUUUCCUCCCCCAAUUGUGUGAAGCUCUCCUAUUUUCAUGGGAAUACCAGUUUGCCCAUGGUUUAGGCACUUAAUAGGAAGAAGCUCUGUAUAGAAAUCAAAGGGUGUUUUUGUUUUGUUUUUUAUUUUCUUUGUUUUUUGGUAAUCAGAAUUUUACUAUCUUUUUUUCUCUUUCUCUAGCUUCUCAACCAAACAUUGUUGCAAAUCCCUAUUUGUAUUUUUUCUUAAAGUGGCACACACUUUUUCCCUCUCUGGCUUCUUUAGGCUGAAAUGACGUAGUCAUUCUCACCCUUCACUUUUCAGAGGUAGGGCUCCUUUAUGUUUAUGUGGUAGCUGUCAGACUUUCUGUGAAAGUUUGGGAGCCGUAUGUAUGUGUGAAUGCAUGUGAACUUGUGUGCCUGUAGGUAGUGUGUGUCACUGAAAUUACCUGAAGUGAGGAUUACUUUUAAUUAAAAUAUUUAUAAAAAAAAAAAACUUUAUUCACAGAGUCCAGCUUUGGAACUGGUCUGUAUCUUGUUUAAAUUUUAAAGUCUAACAACAUGAUUGUAGGAAGUAAAAACACAAAGAAAAUUACCACAGGGAACAUCUUUUGAGUUGAGAUUUCAGAUAGCUUGGGGCCUUCUAUGCCAGGACUCCAAAGUAAUCCAGCCUUACCUUUCUUUUCACCUUCAUGUCCCCCAAGUGAGAAUACUGGUGCAUGUGUCACUGCCACUUCCCAACCUCCCAUCUAUUUAGCUAGUGGCAACUUUCCUAAAACAUCAUAGGACUUGGUAAAGGGAACUGCAUCCCAACCUCCCUUUCCUUAUUCUCAAACAAAACCUCAUCUGGUAUUUUAGGAGCCUAGGGCUGGGGCUCACAAGUCUGCUAAGGUUCCCAUACAUAGUCCCUUUGGCUUUGAAAGAAACUUCUCCUUUGUCGUUCUUCCAAUCUCCCCAGUGGAUUUUCCUGCUGUUUUCUAAAUUAGGUUCAGUCCAGGAGGGUAAGGGUCAGCAGUAGGUUUAUCUGUGUGUAAUGAGUGCUUCAUGUGUGGAAUAUUUGUUUUGUCAAUGCAGUGGAAUUUAGGAUUAAAGCCACGUUUUUUGCUCAGUUGGCUCAGCCCUGGGAUGGUGAUGGGAUGGCCUGUAGCCAGCAUCAUUGUGCAUGUAACAGCAUCGAUGUGAUUAGUAAUUUAUCUGUUCCUCCCUUGAACUGUCUGUUUAGUCUGAGGUUUUUAAACUUGCAGGCAACUGACUGUGAUGUCCAGUUGUUCCUGCUUUUUGCGCAUCAUGUCGAAAGUAACCGCUGUUCUCACCCACAGAUUCUUUCUCUGGCACAUACAAUACUUCUCUGUCAAAAAUCCCAUCCUGGGGAAAGGAAAAGUCACAUUUAUUCCUGCACCCCAAUUUCUUAUCCCCUUCUUCUCUGGGUAUAAGUGGGGAGAUUGGAACGAGUACCUCCUCAUAAUGGUGGGGGUGCUGCGAAAAGAAACAAAGUCUACCUUGACUUGGUGGUAUGCAGCGUACACCACGGGUUCUAUAAUUCUCAUCUUCUAACCUAGAGAAAUAGGUGCUAUAUUACAGGGAAUUAAGCAAAAUGCUGGAUGCUAUAAAUCUUUUGUCUUAAUUUUUUUUUCUAUUAAACUACAGGCUGUAGAUUUCUUAGUUCUCACAGAACUUCUAUCAUUUUAAACUGACUUGUAUAUUUAAGAAAAAAAAUCUUAAGUAGGAUGUUUUGUACUGUUGCCAGACCCUCUUCUGUGACGGGUAAUACGUUUGUUUGAGAUUUUCUGUUUUUAAAAAUGUAGCACUUUUUGCCAAGGAAAAAAUAAAUAUUAUUCCAGUG